GGAUGAGAGGUCUGUUGUGACUGUUGUGACGUAGCAGAAGGGCGCGAGGAGUGAUGGAGAAACAUCUCUCCGGCGCCGUAGCUCGUCCAAUCGGCGGAAUGAUGGCAAAUCAUCGGCAAAGGAAUUUCGCCGACCCGACACCUUAAAUAAGUGGCCUGAGCGAGCGGGGAAGCUGACGACUCCAUCCUCGCCUCCGCACUCACACCACCCGCCAACACAAACUCAAGCUAGUCUGCUUCGCAUCCCAGUUUAAACUCGACGAGUCCGUGCUCACCAACUCUCGCCCCUGUUUCUCCCCUGUUGCCCCCACGGCUUCUCUCCAACCACUACAAUGGCCGGCCGCCCCCUCUUCCGUGCCCCCACCACGGGUUCCGCCGCCAAACUGACCGAAGACAUUCAUGAUAUGCCGGAAAGCCGCUUUGAAGCUGUUAUCGCAAGCUCCUUCAAGAAGACCGAUGAGCAGACGCGCCAGACCAUCACUGUCGAGGUCACCAACAUCGUCGAGCUGCCCCUACUCUCUUUCGAGGUGGGAGACUGCGAGGAAGCAGCAAACUACGACCCUAAGUCACCCGACGCUAACGUGAAGCUCUGGACCGAUUCCAAAGGUGAAGUGCGGGUCAUCGAGCUCCCGAACCAUGCCCUCGUCGAUCCUCUCAAAACCUUCUACGAGAUCGGCCGCUCUGUUGACGCCAACUAUGUUGCCUUCGACUUGGCGUCGAUAGGGGGGGGCCCACUCAAGGUUGUGGCCGAGCUCCUUGCUUCGGCCGAGACACAUCACAAGGAAAUUCUUGAUCACCUGAAGAGAUUCACUUUACUCGCUGUCAUGAAAACAGGGACGGCGGAACGCACCGACGCCGGCCGUGAGAAGGACCCCGUCAUUGACGAACCCGGACAUCGCCUGGACGGCAAAGCAGUCAUCUCCAGGCCCCUGCAACGACAAACCGACAUACUCUUGUCGCUGCACCUCGUAGUCGCCCAGAGAACGCUGGAAGCCUCAUUCCUCCAACUCUUGGCCGAUCCAAAGCAAGACAACUGGGAAGCCUGCCUUCUUGUUGUUCUUGCUUUGUGUCAGCUGCACGACAUCUAUCACCAAGACUGUAAAAGACGGGCCGAGGAGAACGCCGACCCUACACUCGAGAGCCUUCCUUGGCUACUGGAGGCUGUUGAUGGCGUCUUCAAGCUUAGCCUGAAGUUGGAGGAUGCCCGCACAAAGCUGCCGCAGCCCGACAGAGCUGUUCAACUUUGUCUGCCAAGUAUCCAGAGGUGGUGCACACCGAGGACGUCGACGCCCGUCAAGUUCGCGUAUGACUGGUUCCUGGUGCAGGGGGUUGCACAAGGCAAGUGAUUUGGAGGGCUCGGUGUGAUGGUGAUGGUGAAAUUGUCUUCUGAUCCUGUUUGUCAAAAUUGGGAGGAAAAAAAAUGUUGGCGUCUUGGAAAACAUGGUUGGAAUUGAUACAAAAAGUUUGCAUCUUAGAGAAUAUGGCUCAGAUUAAUACAAAUAGUUCUCGUCUUGGAAAGCACGGC